CGCGAUAGUGCCCCAGCAGAGUCGCUACCCGUCACUACAGUGGAGAAACGACUGUCAUCACAGUUGAGUACGACUGUAGGCAGCUUGCGCUUGAAGACGUUUACGUAAUUACGGAUUUUAUAUUUCUGGGCACCAUUCCAGGAGAGCAGCCACCCAGAUCUAGUUUACCCUCGCCUGGCACCCCUUUCCUCUCUGCCCUACUGCCUGUGUUUGGGUGGUUGUGAGAAAAGCCCAACUCCAGCUACGACCUCUUAUAUUGGGGGAGGGGGGGACUACAGACAGUGACUUUAGUGAGCAGGGGUCAGUCUCUCCCGUUCACUAUGGGUGACAUCAGCGAUCUGGACAGGCAGAUUGAUCAACUGAGGAGAUGUGAGCUCAUUAAGGAGAAUGAAGUCAAAGCCCUGUGUGCAAAAGCAAGGGAGAUUCUGGUGGAGGAAAGCAAUGUACAGAGAGUCGAUUCCCCUGUUACAGUGUGUGGCGAUAUCCACGGGCAGUUUUAUGACUUAAAGGAAUUAUUCAGAGUUGGCGGUGAUGUUCCAGAGACAAACUACCUCUUCAUGGGUGAUUUUGUGGACCGUGGAUUUUACAGUGUUGAGACAUUCCUGCUGCUACUUGCACUCAAGGUCCGCUACCCUGACCGUAUCACACUAAUUCGUGGAAACCACGAGUCGCGGCAGAUCACGCAGGUGUACGGCUUCUAUGACGAGUGUCUGAGAAAGUACGGCUCGGUCACUGUGUGGCGGUACUGCACUGAGAUCUUCGACUACCUCUCCCUCUCUGCUAUAAUCGACGGCAAGAUAUUCUGUGUGCAUGGUGGCCUCUCGCCCUCCAUCCAAACACUGGACCAGAUCCGAACCAUUGACCGGAAGCAGGAGGUGCCCCACGACGGGCCCAUGUGUGACUUGCUGUGGUCAGACCCCGAAGACACCACAGGUUGGGGUGUGAGCCCAAGGGGGGCGGGAUACCUCUUUGGCAGCGACGUGGUGGCCCAGUUCAAUGCAGCUAAUGACAUCGACAUGAUCUGCAGGGCCCACCAGCUUGUCAUGGAGGGAUACAAGUGGCACUUCAAUGAGACCGUGCUCACUGUGUGGUCAGCGCCUAAUUACUGCUACAGGUGUGGUAAUGUGGCAGCCAUUUUGGAGUUGGACGAGCACCUCCAGAAGGACUACAUCAUAUUUGAAGCAGCCCCACAGGAAACCAGAGGCAUCCCCUCCAAGAAGCCUGUGGCUGACUACUUCCUGUGACCUCACUACUUCCUGUGACUUCCACUUUUGGAAGAAAAGCAAAAGUGUACUAUAGGUGAUGGCAACCUGUAGUUGCUUAUUUCUAGUUGUCGUCUUCCCUUCCUUCCCACGUCUUAACACUCUUUGUUUAUCUCCUCUGUGUUUCAACUCCUUAUCAGCAUCCUUUUUUGGGGGCCGUUCAUCUUCUGUUUCUUAAAUCCGUUUCCAUUGCAUUUGUUUUCUGUGCCCCUUCUCUUUGAUACAGACCUCACCUUUGUCUCUGACUUUCAUUCCUUCUCGCGGCAACACACUUUUUCUGCUGAGGUAGCUGCCGCAAUUAGUAUUGUCUCACUUCACAAAUCCAUUUGUAUGCUAUAGCCUUUUCUAUGUAAUGUGAAUACUCCUGCUACUGAGGUGAUUUUGAAAGAAGACCAGCAUAUGGGUGUAGUAUUUCAAAUCCUCUACCAGGUUGUUGUCAGACUAAAAUACUGGUGGAUGUAGGGCUUUAUACAAUUGCAAAUUUUGCUUUUAAUUUGGAUGGUUAUUUGUUUUGUUUUUUUUACAACUUUUUUUCUUCCUAAAGGUUGACCUGACCCUUAAUGGUUUGGAAUAGUUUUACUCUGGUUGAACUGGUAUAUGCAUACGUGUGUAUGUUUCAGGUAACAAAUUGGACUCACAGUGAAGGAACAGGAUGCCAAUAGCUUAAUUGUAUGGAUGAUUUUAAAGGAUGAAUUGCAAAGGAAUGUAAACUUCAUACCAAACUAUUUUUGGAAACAUGUUCUCUUUCUGACCAGUCCUUCUCUAGGAGUUAUUUUUGAUUUUUAUUCUUAAUUAUUUGUGGAAAUAAAACUUUUUGUAUGA